AUGAUUACUUCGAGACACGAUGAUAUACAUCACGAUAGCCAACAUGGUCUGUUCCGACAAAUUGAACAAAGAAUCAAACAAGGUGCACAAUUACAGAACCUGAAGCUUGGAAAUUUUUUGAAAGUUGAAGAGACCAUAACUACAAUCACAGCAUAUGAGGAAGAUAUGGAAACUCCUGUAAAUCUUAAAAAACCUACAAAACCUACAAAACCUACAAAACUUGCGAAACCUGAAAAACCUGCAAAACCUACCAAACCUACCAAACCCGAAAAGCUAGAUACUCUGGAAAAAAACCAAAAACACGGAAAGCCAACACCAGCUCAAAAGCCUGCAAAACUCUCGAAACCAGUUCUGGUGGGACUUGCAACGCUUAAAUCAACAGAAGAUGUUAAAGAAACUCCGAUAAAACCUGAGAAACCAAAACUCCCUCAGCGAUUAACACUAAACCAAACGUUGACCUUAGACAAGAAACUGGAAUCGGCUGAGGUUGGAAAGGUUGAUUUUGAUCAGAAAGCAACUCAGAUACAUAUACAGAAACCAUUGCAAAAACCUGCACCAAGUGUAAAGCCAAAACCAAAGAGUGUCAAACCUCCUCUCGUAAAAGCAAAGCCAACCGUUAAGCAAAAGCAUCCAAUUUUGACAGACAACACAACAUCUAAAUCUUCACCGGUUCAGUCGAGGGAUAUUACAAACAGCCACCUUGAGCCACAGAAAAUUCUAGAGAAAACUCCAGAGAAAGUUUCAGAGAAACCCUUGUUAAAAAACCUGAUCAGUAAACUUGCUAAUAACUCAUCAUCUGAUUUGUCUAUUGAAAGCAAACUUGGAAGUAUAUACAAAUCAAGGACGUUGCCUCUGGCGGAAGAACUACUGAUAAACAAUGUUGAGAAUUCUUUUCAAGGCAAACUUGGCCAUCUACUUAAAUCGCGCACAUUUCCUUCACCAAAAGAGACGAAUUCGCGUAUAGGAGAAAGAUUCGGCAAAUCCAUGCCUUUAACUUUUCAGGAUACUACUGCAACAACUGCAGGAAAGUCCAAAGUUUGUGAUGGCCCACAACCAUCAGUGCGCCAUAUUAGACGAGCUAAGGGUGCUAAGCGCAAAUUACCAGCAAAUUUACAAAAGAGUGGUAAAGCUCUGUUACAAGUAGAUUCGGUUAAUUCACUGCUGUCGCCGCCUCGAGUGCUAUCAACACCUGUGCUGGUAAAGUCUGCGACUAUUCGGCAGAAGAUAACACCUCAGAAUUUACCAAAUGAUUCAGAAAAGUCACGACCACCACCACCUCCAAUCAAAUUAAAACCAAAACUAAAGCCAAAACCAAAACCAAAACCAAAAGUUGCAUCUAAACCAAAAGAAUUUGAUGGAAAGCCCCUGAUAAAGUAUUAA